AUGAAAGGAUUCCUGUUAACGAAGAAAAACAAAAAAAAAGCUGAAUGGCUAAAAAGUAGGCAGCUAAGCGCACCGAAUUUUGGUGUUUUCUUUAUAAGAUUAUGUAAUGUGAAAGCUUUAUCAUCUGAAAUGAUGCUUUCUAAAGAUCUGUCGACAAGUUGUGCCAAUCAUAUCGCUAAGUAA